AUGGCUCUCGACGCUUCCUCGGUGCGCUCCACCGAGUAUCUCGACGCCAAAAUCCCAGGUGCCUUCCCCGAUGGCCGCGCCCUGAGUCUUGCCUCCGUCACCACCCACCAGGCCUCACUGUCGCAAAUCCUCUAUGACCGCCGCGCCGAGUACACGCGACCCCGCAGUGUGCGCAUCAAAGUCGGUACCUGGAACACUGGCGCGCAAAAGGGCACCGAGCAGGAUGUGGGCGCCUGGUUUGUGCGGGCCAAGGGCGUCGAGGAAAAGAUGGCCGGACUGGGAGUAUCGGCCGAGGACAGACAAGACGAUAGCAGAGAAAGUGUGCAAGCGCAGGAGGCAAGAUACUCGAAACAGGUUCCAACCAUACCCCACCAUGAUUCCAGCGCAUUGCCAGCCGACCAUGACAUCGAUCUUUACGUACUGGGCCUGCAAGAAAUCGUCGACAUCACUUCAGCCGCCGAGGCCCUACGCCCUUAUACCGAUCCCUCGGUAGCGAACAAGUGGAAGACUUCCAUCGAAGCCUGUCUGCCCGCGGGAUACCAGCUGGUUGCCGAACAGCAGCUCAUCGGCCUGUACUUGGUCAUAUACGCCUCGCCAGAGCUGGCGGGCCAGAUCAAGAACGUCAGUACCACUAGUGUUGGAACUGGCCUCAUGGGCUACAUGGGAAAUAAGGGUGCGGUGACGGCGCGAAUUGUGUUGGGAGAGACGACUCGCCUUGUAUUUGUCAACUCCCAUCUUGCAGCCGGCGCGGACAAGGCCUCGCUAGACCGGAGAAACUGGGACGCUGCUCAGAUUAAUACCAGAACGAAAUUCGACCCGAUCGUGGACGCUCUGGGCACCUCCCAUACACAGCCUGAAGGACUCGGCGAAGAGGACUUUGCAUUCUGGUUUGGAGAUCUCAACUAUCGCCUACAAGAUAUGGCAGGUGAUGACGUGCGACGACUGCUCACGGUACAUACCAUGGAUAUGGAUGAUGACAACGAAGGCCGACCGUCUACCUCUGUCGACUCUGGAUAUGCUUCCCAGCAGUCAUCUGAGACAGCGCAUGAUGCUAUGCCAGUACCGGACGAAUUAGAUCCUGCUUCACUGCAGACCACCAUUUCGUCUCUGUUGCCACAUGAUGAGCUGCAUCAGCAAAUGAAGACUGGCAAGGCAUUUCACGAUGGUUGGGCCGAGGGUCCAGUGCGCUUUCUGCCUUCGUACAAGUACGACAUUGGCAAAGUUGGCGUGUUUGAUUCGAGUGAGAAGCGACGUUGCCCGAGUUGGUGCGACCGCAUUCUCUAUAGGACACGUGCAGCAAAGCAUCGGUACGAAGAUCAAGUCAAGGAAAAAGAGGAAGCCCGUCAAAAGGAUGAGGAGAUGAAGGCCAAGGGGUUGGAUGAUCCUGGAGACGACGAUGUCUUGUACGACUACGAUCCAGACACAGACGGUGACAACUACGACGAUUAUGAUGAAGGCGAAGACCCAGUACCUGAACCCAUCACAACCAAAGAUGAUCUUUCCGCCGAAAUACUACUCGAAUACUACACCACUCAUAUGCGCGUAUUAAGCUCAGAUCAUAAGCCUCUGGAUGCCGUCUUUUCUCUGCAGUACGAUGCUGUUGUGCCCGAGUUGAAAGCCGCCAUACAUGGCGAAGUGGCCCGUGAACUCGAUCGACAGGAGAAUGAAGGGCGGCCAUCGAUUGCCGUCGUUGUCGAGCGGGCUACGGGCGCCACAUCGUCAGAAGAGAAUGACAAGACGGACAGCUCAUUCGAGGGCGUAGAUUUUGGCCAUGUCAAGUUCGCCAAGUCAAAAAGGCGCAAUCUCACCAUCGCGAACACCGGGCGUGUGCCUGCUACCUUUGGAUUUGCAGAUAGGCCAGUAGACAAAGAUCAACCGGCAGGUCCCUUUCCACCCUGGCUCAGCGCCACCUUCGACAGAGAGCCAGACAAGCUUGACAAGCCUCAGCCUGGCGAUAUACACCAACACUUUACCCUCGCCCCAGCCAAUGUCCUUAAUGUGGAACUGAAGCUGAAAAUCGAAAAUGUAACCGCGGUACGCGACCUCAACGAAGGUGAAACCGUUCUCGACGAAGUCCUCGUCAUCCGUGUCGAAAAUGGCCGCGAUCACUUCCUACCUGUGCGUGCGCAAUGGCUGCCCUCGGUAUUAGCUCGCUCCAUCGACAAGUUGAUCAAGAUCCCCGAAGGUGGCAUCAGGAAGCUGCAGAACCAGACUCCGGCUCGGGGCGAGGUAAAAUGGAGCGUUCCGCGCGAAAUGUUCCGACUGACGGAAGCCAUAGAAGACCUGAUCGAACGUACGUUGGCUGAAUGGGAAAUGACCAAGGGAGAAGGUGAGAAGGCGCCGUGGCAAGAUAAUGCAGGAUGGCCAUUCGUUCUAGCUUCCAGAGGUGAAGCGAAGAGAUGGGCACAUGAGGACGAGUUGGCAGACGUGUACAAUGCACUCGACUGCGAUACUCCAUUUGCCGACGCCUUUGAGCCCGAGACCCGGGCUAAAGAAAAAGUGGAGGUGUUGGCGGAAGUCCUUCUAACCUUUCUAGCCAGUCUGACAGACGGCGUAAUAACACGCAGUCUCUGGGAGAGAAUUGAAGAGGCUCUCAUUAUGCGCGAAAAGAGCAAGCAAUUCACCUCUCCGGACGACGAUAAGAUGGCCAUAUUGGAAAUCCUGGCUUCUGCACCCAAUCACAAUGCUUCGUUCCUGCUCAUCUUGUCCUUUUUGCAGAACAUUGCCAAUCAGAUUACAGAGCAGUCGAAGCCCAAGCCAGAUGAUGGUGCACGAAAUAGUGUCGAUCUGCCUGCAUCACCACAAGCAAAAGUUCGGAGGCGGACUUUGAGCAAGGUCCCAGAAGUCGCGAUUCGACAAGUGAUUGUGAAGAACUAUGCAUAUGUGUUUGCAGGUGUCUUGUUCAAGCCAAAGGAAGACGGAAGGAUGAGGGAGAAAGAAAAAGCACUGAGGAAAGAGAGAAUGGUUGGCACCAUUGAGCUGUUUCUGAAUGUUGCAGUUUGA